AGCGGGAGAAUUAGUUAAUAUUUUUGAUUCGAAAGCGGAAUAUUGGAAAAUGACUGUGAUUUUGAAAAGCAUUAUUUUCAUUGGGAUCUUUGCUGUGCUUUUAGGUCUAGUGCAUAGCUUUUCUGACGAUGAUCUGGAUAUGGCUGUGAACCAAUGUUUGGAGGACAACAACAUUAGCAGAGAAGAAUAUGUGGCUCUCAUGAACGUGACUAGCUCAGAGGAAGCCGACGAUGAUUUAGAAAUGAAAUACAAAUGUGCUCUUCAUUGUCUGGCUGUCGCACUGGAAGUCGUCGACUCCAAUGGCUAUGUGGAUGUGGAACUUGUGGAAAAUCAUGGCAAGCUGACUGAAGACAAUUAUGUGGCAUUUACUGAAUGCAAGGAGGAGAAUGAUUACUUGGAGGAUAUGUGUGAAUAUGCCUAUAAAUUCGUGAUUUGCUUGCAAACAAGAAUUGACUUAAACGCAUUUAACAACGAAACUGAUUGAGUAAACUGAGUGGUAAUCAGUAUUAAAUGAAAAUACUAAAUUUCUAUUGCGAACGAAUAAUAUCAAAUCGUAAAGAAACCUAUCAUUAUAUAGUUAUAGUAAUAUUCUAAUACAAUAUCUAAUUACAAUAACAACUUUAAAUGAUUAAAUGCACUUUUGCCCUGGGUGUUGACGUUUUCUAAAGAUAAACGAAUUUAAACGUGGUCAAAAAAUAACAACCGUGCAAUGCAAUUAAUUA